AUGGCUCCCACCAGGCCCAGAGCUGGAGCAGCGAGGAAUGACUGCAGAAACCGCGGGAGGAAGAAUCGUGCCAACCAGGGCCGAGCUGAGAGGAGCCGUAUUCAGAGGAACACCGUCCAGAGGAACCCGGGUACCGAGAUCAGACGCCGUCCGGACUUCAGUAUUGGGAGAAGCCGCUUCCCGAACUUCAGUGCUGAGAGGAGUAGCUUCAACCCCGGUAUCAUCGGAAGGGGGCACGCCAGGAAGCACCGCCAUAGAAAGCGCCAUGCUGGUCACCGCGCUGAGAAUAACCACGUUGAGACAACUCCUGGAGUUGCAGAGCCCCAUGCCCAUGAAAGCUACCAUGCGAACCACCACGGUCAAACCAACCACUUCGGAGAGAUCCAUGCUGAAGAACGCCCCUCCAAUAACCACGAUCACCAUAAUUGCUUCAGGAAGACCCAGGCCGAAGAACAAUCUCCCAUCAACCACGGUCACAACAAUCGUUUCGGAGAGAUCCAUGCUGAAGAACAACUCCCCACCGUGUCUCCGCUGGCUAUGGUCAAAGAAACACAUAACCGGGCACGGUCGAAAAAGGCUCUGAUCGAGAACCUGAGCCUCAUGAUUGCCAAGAGCAAGAAGACAACUCCCAAGGUGGCCACCAGCAACCCCACAAAUCCCCAGAAGUGCAAGGCCCCGACUGAGUGGCCAUCGUCAGAACCCUUUGAGAAGCUAUCAAAGAACUGUCUCGAGAGGGCACCAAUGCCCGCCGAUUAUGUGUUUGUUCCUAGGGGUAAUGUCUAUGUUACCCGGCACUGUCGAUCUCAAACCAAGCAAGACCACCGGCUGGUCUAUAAAGUUUAUGACAACUCAGGGAAGAAACCACUCGGAAUCCGCGUCCCCGCUAAUGUCCACACUGCUGUCCUACAAUCUGCCGAGGACACGGCAGAGUCCCGCGCCAAUGCUGUCAAAGCUCGCGACGAGAAGGAACAGGCGCACUACAGAGAGGUUCUAAGCAAGCAAUUUCCACUGAUGCCGGUCGAAUCGCUGAACACCAUCCUCGACCACGCCUUCCUCAAAGGCUCCGGCCGUGUCGGAAGGACCACGACCACGUCCGAAACAGAGAAGGUCCACCUAGCGGUGGACGCUCAUAUACGACACGUACACACACCCUAUGAGGCGCUGCUUCGCUCAGGUGUCGCCCGAGACGAGGCCCGCAAGGCGAUUUUGCCUACGGUACGAUCGAUUCGAGCAGCCUGGGCAGGGCACACCGAGAAUAGGAAGACAAAACCAACACCACUACCUCUGCGCAAGCGAAAGGAAUGA